GUCUAGCUGGCUGGAUCUGUAGAUGUUGAAGUUGAAAGUCUUGACUGGUUGCGUUCAAAAAUUACAAGAUUUUUCAAUUACAAAAAUAAAUUAAAUGUAAUAAGAAAUUUUCUUUAAAACGGAAUAAAUUCAAACAAAAAAAAAAAAUAAUUAAUCUAAAAUAAUUUUCAAUUUUAUAUCGAAAUUUUGUGGAUUAAUUAUAAAAAAUUUUAUAAAAUUAAUUUCAACAAAUCGUUAUAAUAUUCGCGUUGAUAAAUAAAUAUAGUGAAUAUAUAAGAAAAAAAUCAGUUAAGAAUAACGUUGGUUAACAAAACAAAAAAUAAAAGCUAGUUCGAAAAAAUUUUGCAAAGGACAAAAAUUUUUUCGAAAGUGCUUCAAAAUAAAACAGAACCAAAAAAAAAAUUUUAAGAAUAAAUUGUGAACUGUUUUGUGAAAUUCAUUUGGUGAAUUUUUGGAUUUGAAAUUUAGAAAAGAAAAAAAUAAAAUUUCUUGACAAAGUUUUUAAUCCAGCUAAAAUAAAGUUGUAAAAAAAUAAUUUUUUUUCUCUUGAAAUUUCACCAAUUUUUUCUAAAGAACCUUAACAAAAACCCAACAUAUAUAAAAAUAAAGGAUUACAAAAACAAUUCAAAACAAAGUUUCUUCUUAAUAAAAAUAAAAAGAAAAGUUUUUAGAAUAUUUUUGUAAAUUUUUUUGAAAAUUUAAUUGUUAAAAAGAAAAAGUAAAUAACUUAAACAAAAAUGGAAAAAUACACAACAGCAAACAAAUACUUACAAGGAUUCGUUAUCUUAACAUCGUUAAGUGCAGUGUUGUCUUGUCAAAGUGCUCAAAUACUUGAAAAUGGUGUUACUGAAGCAGACAAAUCAAUUAUCUUACAAGAGCACAAUAAAUUAAGAGCUAGUGUUGCAAUGGGUCGUGUACCUGGUCAACCUGGUGCAGAAAAUAUGCGUGAAAUGGUAUGGGAUGAAGAAUUAGCAGCACGAGCACAAAAAUGGGCAGAUAAUUGUCAGUUUAAGCAUGAUCCACGUCGAACAAUAGAUCGGUUUACAAUGGGUCAAAAUGUUGCAAUUUUAUGGAGCACGGCACCUUUAGGUGAAGGUGAAGGUGAUUUCCCAUCCAGAAUACAAAGUUGGUUUAAUGAAGUUCAAAAAUAUGACUUCGGCUCAGCAUGGUCACCAAAAACUGGGCAUUAUUCACAAUUGGUUUGGGGUGAAACAAAUUUAGUUGGUUGUGGAUUUACUUACUACAAGGAUUCCAGAAAAUACAACAAAUUAUUUGUUUGUAACUACGGACCUGGUGGCAAUGUAAUUGGAGCAAAUCCAUAUGAAGUUGGACGUCCAGCAUGCACUAAUUAUGGAAUGAAACCAUCAUAUCAUUAUCAAGGUUUAUGCUCUGUACCAGCUAAUUUCCAAAAUACAAUUGAGGAAUCACCAUCAUUUUAUGUUAAAGAGCCAGCAUAUACAAGUGGUAAAUCAUCAUAUGAGCCACAACAGCAACAACAACAAUCAGUAUCACAAUUAAUACAAGUACCUGGCUCAAAGACAACAACUACAACAACGACACAUCAUCAUUAUGUUUAUCGUCAAGUGCAAAGGCAACAACAACAGCAACAACCGAAACCAGUCCAACAGCAACAAACAACAGAGGAACAAUUACAGCAAACCCAACAACAACAACCACAACAGAAACCACCAGCUCCAGAUUACGAUUAUUCAUUCAAGUCUUUCUUUAAACAAUUAGCAGCUAAUAAUAAAAAUCCUAGUUAUGGAUAUGAUUGGCAACUGCAAUAGGAUUUCUUUUUAUUUAAUAACAAAUUUUAAUUUUAAUUUAGCAAAAUUAAAUUCUUUAAUUAAAUUCUAUAAAAUUUUUCCAAAAAACAAAAAGAAAAAAAAAAAUUAAAAAGUAAUUAAAUUAAAGAAAAAUUCUUAGGUGCCAAUUUUUUUAACAAAUUUUACAUACAUAGUUUAUAAGCUAGGUAUUGUUUUAUAUACAAAUUAUAUAUAUUCAUACAUAACGUAUUUAUAUGUGUAUAUUAUUGUAUAUAUGAAAGAAAGACUUGUAAUUUUAUAAUUGUUAUAUACAUAAUAAGAAUUAUUAGAUUUAAAUAAUAAUUAUAUACAAAAAUAUUAUAGUUAUUAUUUUACCAAAAUGAGAGAGAUAGAUAUACAAAAUCAUCAAAAAUCAUUUUAAAAUAAUAUACGUAUAUGGAGGAACAAAAGAAAAAGGAAAAAAACUAAUAAUUUUUGUUUAUUAGGCGUUUUUAUAUACGUGUUGUUUUUAUUGUUUCAUUAAAAAGGACACAGUAUUUUAAACAAAAU